AACCUGUUAAAAGACCUGAAACUUCUCUGCUGAGCACAGUUAUCACUGCAAAACAGUUAUUAAGUUUAAGGGAUGCUAUGUGAGUGUGUUCUUUGGGCUAUCCCUUACAGGGAUAACUUUGAAAAAGAUGGCCUGCAGUUUCCAAAGAGUCCAGUACCAGAUGAGGAAGACAUCAGACGGGAGAUGACGUCUGUCUGUAACUUUACAGCUGGGGAGUUUCAAAGCAAGACCCUUCUUGAAAGAUGCAGAAGCGUAGGCCACUUUAUUCAGUCUGUACGGUCCAGGGACAAGCGACAAUCCAGGACAAGUGCUUCCACAGAUGCCAAUGAGGCCAAACAAUGCACUAGGCAGAUCACCCCAGUUGUUGAUAUACCUGGCAUUGCAGGGGGCACUAGCAAAGAGACAUACCUGGUUCCUUCUUCGUGCCAGAGCAUUUGCAAAGACUAUAAUGAUCUACACAUCGCAGGGGAUCAGGUGAUGCCUAUUAGCUCGGCCACCACUGACUUGACUAUUGACAGUGGCUUUGUGUAUGCAGAGGGUCCCUUCCUGCAGUCUUGUCAGAUCCCUCCAGAUAUGGAGACCCCCAGACCUUCCCUUGAGUACACACAGAGGCCUCCACGGGGAGACUCCUCCUGCUGGCGGGUGGGCAGCAUCAAGGACAAGAGCAUCCUCCAGCACUGCCGCCCGCUUUCCAACUCCAUGCUGAACAACUACCUGGAGCAGAAGAUCAUGGAGCUCUACAAGCAGUACAUGGUGGACAGCAUGCUCAACAGCAACUCCCCAGCCAAGAUCAUGGCCUCGGAGCUCAUCCUCACCAAUGUGGACCAGAUCACCCAGCAGAUCUCACGGGAGCAGAACAUGGAAACCACCAAAGCCAAAGACAUGGUCAUCAGUUGCUUGCUCAAGGUGGCCAGCGGGAUGCAAUCGAGUGAACUCAGCACCCCUCUGUUACAGAUUUCCAGUGACCACAGCAUGAAGUGAAAUGGGAUUUGUGUGCACACUACAUCCAGAUCAUUAAUGUGCUUAGAGGUCAAGUGGACUUAAAGGCAUCUCAAUAACAAUCCAUCAAACCACUCCAUUUUUUUUUUUUUAAAACCCAAAAUGAUUGCAAAAUUAUAUUAAAGAUAUGUAACAUAAGUAACAAUAUUAAUUUAGGUUUUUGUUGUAGUAAUCACCAUAUAUUCAUUUAAAAAUAAAAACAAAACAAGUAAUCUGUCAAGAUACUGUACUCCAUAUCUAAAGAUAAAAAGCACACCAAAACCAUCACCGAAUUCUUCUGUACUCGCAACACUCUCUGUUUACAUUUUUUGACAGGUUCUCAUGUACCAAAUACUGCAUAUUUGUUUGAAACAGGAAUUGUGGUAGUACAUUAGGGCACAUACUGAAUAGUAAGUGAACAUUAAGUACAUAGAAUUACUUGGUAAUAAUAAAUAACUAUCAGCAUUCUUAUCUUAUUAUACAGUGUU